UCGGCGGGCUGCGCCUGCGCCUGACCCCGUGGCCAAUAGGAGCUCUAGAAUCAGAAUAAGAAGCGCUCCUGGCCGCGUAUUCGGAUGGGUUGUGAUGCCUGUGCGAGACCCAGUCAGAGGCGGGAUAGAGGCGGAGGGGGCGAGUCGGUGCGCAAUUUGAAUUGGCGUGGGGCGGGGUGGGAGUGUCUGACGGCGGUGGAAGUCGGGUUGGGGUUGAGGUGAGCAAACGUGCGUGUGCGGAGCGGCCGCUGUCAUUCCCGCAGCGCCGCGGAGGAGCCCAGCCCGUGCGCCAUGUCCCUGGAGGAGUCCCUGCGUCGGAGCAACGCCCGCUUCAUGGCCACCAUCAACAGCAUCUUGGAGAGGUAUAAUCAUCCUUUUGAAGAUGAUUUACUUAUCUCCAUGGAAACUCUCGCUUACAGUACGCCUGACGGACCAAAAUCAUGGGAGGAUGUGUCAACCGAGGACCUUAGAAAAUGGCAGGAGGAAGUAGUUGAGUGUAACAGAGGAAGUGAAAGGAAUGCAGAAAUGUCAAAGCAAGAUAACAGUGAUUUUGAGGAUGGACAUUCAACGGGACAUCAGGAAUCUCCUGAGACCUCUUGUGUGAAUACAUCUGAUACAGGUGAAGAAAGUGAUACCGAUACAGUUUCAGUAAGAAGAAAAUUUCAAGACAUUCACUUACAGAAUGUGUAUGUACGUGAUGGGAAAAUACAAGAGAAAGUAAAAGUGGAUGUGAUAGUUCAAGACAAUGUUAGAAAAAUUCCUGGAUGGAUUAUGAGAGAAUGUCAAGGUUCGUCCAAAGGUCUGCAUUUAGCUUCACCAGUGCAAGAACUGAUUGGUACAGCUAAAUCUUUUGGAGGUGAAGAAAGUGAUACCGAUACAGUUUCAGUAAGAAGAAAAUUUCAAGACAUUCACUUACAGAAUGUGUAUGUACGUGAUGGGAAAAUACAAGAGAAAGUAAAAGUGGAUGUGAUAGUUCAAGACAAUGUUAGAAAAAUUCCUGGAUGGAUUAUGAGAGAAUGUCAAGGUUCGUCCAAAGGUCUGCAUUUAGCUUCACCAGUGCAAGAACUGAUUGGUACAGCUAAAUCUUUUGGAGGUGAAGAAAGUGAUACCGAUACAGUUUCAGUAAGAAGAAAAUUUCAAGACAUUCACUUACAGAAUGUGUAUGUACGUGAUGGGAAAAUACAAGAGAAAGUAAAAGUGGAUGUGAUAGUUCAAGACAAUGUUAGAAAAAUUCCUGGAUGGAUUAUGAGAGAAUGUCAAGGUUCGUCCAAAGGUCUGCAUUUAGCUUCACCAGUGCAAGAACUGAUUGGUACAGCUAAAUCUUUUGGAGGUGAAGAAAGUGAUACCGAUACAGUUUCAGUAAGAAGAAAAUUUCAAGACAUUCACUUACAGAAUGUGUAUGUACGUGAUGGGAAAAUACAAGAGAAAGUAAAAGUGGAUGUGAUAGUUCAAGACAAUGUUAGAAAAAUUCCUGGAUGGAUUAUGAGAGAAUGUCAAGGUUCGUCCAAAGGUCUGCAUUUAGCUUCACCAGUGCAAGAACUGAUUGGUACAGCUAAAUCUUUUGGAGGUGAAGAAAGUGAUACCGAUACAGUUUCAGUAAGAAGAAAAUUUCAAGACAUUCACUUACAGAAUGUGUAUGUACGUGAUGGGAAAAUACAAGAGAAAGUAAAAGUGGAUGUGAUAGUUCAAGACAAUGUUAGAAAAAUUCCUGGAUGGAUUAUGAGAGAAUGUCAAGGUUCGUCCAAAGGUCUGCAUUUAGCUUCACCAGUGCAAGAACUGAUUGGUACAGCUAAAUCUUUUGGAGGUGAAGAAAGUGAUACCGAUACAGUUUCAGUAAGAAGAAAAUUUCAAGACAUUCACUUACAGAAUGUGUAUGUACGUGAUGGGAAAAUACAAGAGAAAGUAAAAGUGGAUGUGAUAGUUCGAGACAAUGUUAGAAAAAUUCCUGGAUGGAUUAUGAGAGAAUGUCAAGGCUCGUCCAAAGGUCUGCAUUUAGCUUCACCAGUGCAAGAACUGAUUGGUACAGCUAAAUCUUUUGGAGGUGAAGAAAGUGAUACCGAUACAGUUUCAGUAAGAAGAAAAUUUCAAGACAUUCACUUACAGAAUGUGUAUGUACGUGAUGGGAAAAUACAAGAGAAAGUAAAAGUGGAUGUGAUAGUUCAAGACAAUGUUAGAAAAAUUCCUGGAUGGAUUAUGAGAGAAUGUCAAGGUUCGUCCAAAGGUCUGCAUUUAGCUUCACCAGUGCAAGAACUGAUUGGUACAGCUAAAUCUUUUGGAGGUGAAGAAAGUGAUACCGAUACAGUUUCAGUAAGAAGAAAAUUUCAAGACAUUCACUUACAGCAGAGUCCUUCAAAGAUGCCCCAGAAAUACAAUGAUGCAUUUGAAAAGCUCUACUACAAGCUGUGUCCCCAAGAAAUCCAAAAGCCUUUCAUAUUGACAAGAUCUCUUGCUAAUUCACAGAACCUUGAAGUAAAGCGACUGAGAGGUAUACCGGAACGUUAUCUAUCUUCAACAAAAUGUGAACAGAUUGCUCACAGAAGAAACGCUGAACUUCAGACCGACGGCAUGACGUUUUUGAACCUAUACAUUGUCAGUAACUCCAGCAUUUUUGACAGUCACAACUGCCAGAGUCAGGGCUCUGGAUUUCAUGCUGUGUCAGAUAAAACUUUUCUUGGUGUUCCUGGUACUUCCUUGCAAGAAUCUGGGAUUGCAGGUACCAACUCUGGUUGGCCUAGUGCAGUGAAGAAUUACAGCAGUCCCAGAAAUGCACAGUACUGUCGCAAAAGGGUAUCCAGAAAAUUAAGCUACACUGUGGGUAAAGAUGACAAAUCCCAGCAAUCGCUUGGGUGACUUCCUGGUUGAAACCCACCAAGGAGCAUUCAUGGACUGCUACAGAAAAAACUUUGCUUUAUAAAGUUUGGGUUUGUUUUGUUUUUCUUUCUUCUUCCAAGAAUCAGGCAUGUAUUUUAUGUACGUGUCAUGCAGUUAGUCCUGUUUUAUGCUUACCUGUAAUGUAAGUCUUCAGGACUGGUUCAUCCCUUCUGACAGGGUGCUUAGUCCUUUGGCUUCAUCAGGUAUUGCAGGGAAUCAGGGUUCCGUUCUAUGGCAAAGUUUAAAUUUUGUAGUUAGUAGUGUUUGUUCUAACACUGUGAUCAGUAUUUUCUUGUUAUCUGCUAAUAAGCUUUGAUUCUUAACAUAUUAGUCGUAAGAUGAGAAUCAAGCUCUUUUUGCUGGAUUCCUGCCUCUUUGUGCUUUAUAAGGGUAUUGACACUACAUGAAAAUUUCUAAGCUGGGAUGGAUGAUUGAAAUGCAGUAUUAGGCGCUAUGACUUGUUAUAUGCCUGCUAUGUUAAAUUUUCUACAUAGCUCACAGAGUGGAUUGUUCAAUAAAACUUAAUAUGUUUCAGUGAAUUUGACAGUUAUAUUCUGUGUUCUGACAAAAUAUAUGUUCUAAAUAAAAACCCGUUCUCAACAA